UGGACCUCAGGGCUUUGGAGGAGCGAGCGCGUAGCAGUGUCCAGGUAGCUGCGGAGGAUGGUGGCGGAGCGGCGGGAUCCAGAGUUUGGACCAUCCCCGAAGUGACUGGAAACUGAGGAGGCUCUGAAAACGUUGAUUGAUGUCCCUUUCUGAACACUGCUAAGAAAGAGAAGUGCAUUCUCCAGAUUAUUCAUACAGGUGCAGCAAUGGAUCUUGUCCUGGAUUAUGCAGAUAGUUCUAUUUUGACACCUUACGUUUAUCCAGCAACCUGGCCAGAGGACAAUGCUUUCCGACAGAUUAUCAGCCUCUUUGUUAUAACAAACCUGGGGGCAAUCGUCCUAUAUCUUCUGUUUGCCACUCUCAGCUACUAUCUGCUUUUUGAUCACAAGUUAAUGAAGCACCCCCAGUUUUUAGAGCGUUUCCACAAACCCCAUCAUGUAUGGAAGAUCCCAACUCCGUUUGCCAGCCAUGCUUUCCACCCCCUGGACGGUUUCAGUCAGAGCAUCCCUUAUCAUAUCUACCCGUUCCUUUUUCCUCUUCACAAAGUGACCUAUUUGGUCCUUUACAUCUUCGUCAACGUCUGGACAAUCUCCAUUCACGACGGGAACUAUUGCGUUCCCGGUCCGCUGAAAUCCAUCAUCAACGGAUCCGCCCAUCACACGGACCACCACUUGUACUUCAAUUACAAUUACGGCCAGUACUUCACCCUCUGGGAUAGAAUCGGGGGCUCCUACAAAAACCCCUCUUCUUUUGAAGGUCAGGGCCCCCACGCAUAUUUGGAAAAGCUGGCGAACGGCCAGGAGGAUAAGAAACUCCCAGGAGCGAAAAAUAAAUAGCAAGCCCUCCCAACGGAAGGAUGAGGAACCUCUAUGCCUUAUCAACUGCGUAGCUGGAAGUCGACCCCCCCGUCUCCAUCCAUUAGCUUCCAAAAUGGAAAUAUUUGGCACCUAACAUUCCAGGAUGAGAAGACAGAAUAUGUGGAUUCACAGCAGAGCGGUCUCUUGGAUGUUGAGCAAGAGAAUAGCGUCCAUGAAUUUCCCCGUGGCCACUAGAAUGAAUCAGGAAGCGGUCAGGGCUGCUCUGAAGUCCAUCCUUGGCAGAUGUUUGAAAGCAACUUUCAGCAACACCUUGUAAGCUGUUGCUGUGUAGUCUGUCUACGAAUGUCUACUGUUGCACCAGCGUGUUAAAUAAGUGGGUUUGGUUUGAAUUAAUGGAUUCCUUAAUUGUUUCCAUCCUAAAAUACAUAUUGCAAUGCACUUUAGUCCUGUCUUUACAGACUAAUCGGUGGGAGGGAUUUCUGAAGUCCUGAACCGAAGGGGACACCUUCGCAGCAAUUAACAAAAUGAGGUGAUGUAUGUCAGAGCAUCAAUAUCCAAAGGGCGCCAAAUUGCGACAGAACAUGCAAAGCCCAGGUUUUCUAAACUUGGUCAAAUUUAAGACAUGUGGACUUCCAGUCCCCAAACUCCCCAGGCAGCAGACUGUUGGCAAGAUUGAGAAAUAGUGGUUUAGAGCAGUGGUCUCCAACCUUGGCAACUUUAAGACCUGUGGACUUCAACUCCGAGAGUUCCUCAGCCA